AUAGAUUUAAAAAAUUAUUUAAUAUGGAAGAAGAAUUUAUUGUAGAAGAAAUUUUAGAUGUAAAACAAAUAAAUAAUGAAAAAUUUUUUUUGAUAAAAUGGUUGGGGUAUGGGGCUAAGAACAAUUCUUGGGAAGCUGAAGAAGAUAUACACGCAGCUGAUUUAAUCCUAGAAUUUUAUGAAAAAAGAAAUAAUUGUAUUCUAGAAGAGUUUGUGGAAUUGGAAAGUAUUCGAAAGUCUGGACCUAUUAUUUUAUUGGUUGGAGGGAAAAAGCGUGGACAAAUUGCUUAUGCCGUUCUAUCAGAAAGAGCAUUAGAAUUAUUUAAUUCUGAAAAAUCUUAUAGAAAAAAGGAAGGGGCAAAUACAAUUAUUGAUUUAAAAAAAUGUUUUAAUGUUUCUCAACAGAAUUGCCCAAAAUCUCAUUCAACAUGUGUAUGUUUAAUGACUGCUGAUAAAGUUUUUUUAUUGGGAGCUGAAAAUUCUAAUGAUACACUUGAAUGGUACAACAUUUUGUUAUCAACAGUUAUUUCUGCUAGAGCAUUGAAUUUAGGAAGGCCUGUCUUUGCCAAUGAAUUUUUUGAAUGUGUUUGGGAUGUUAUUAUCUUUUCUCAACAACCAAAAUUAAAACGAUCUUCACAAGUGCCAGCAAACCCUGAAUUUGUUAAUUGUCCAAAUAUUUGUGCAAAAUUACCUGAUGAAACUUUUUUGGCAGGAAAGGGAAGACUUUGCUUUUAUCCUCAUUCAAUUAUUAUCUGUAAAACUGGAAUAGAACCAGCACCAAAAACAGGAAUUCCUCCUUUCCGGACAAACGACUUUGUUGAAAUUUCAAGACAUUUUAUUGCACAAUUUGUAUGUGUGGAACGUUAUUUUCUUUUACGAAUUGGGAGUAGCUCACCUAUGGGAUCUUGUGAAGUUUGGGUUCAAUGCGAAUCUGAUGAUCAUGCUACUGAGAUUAACCGCAAAUUACAGGAAAUAAUUAAGCGUGAAAAUUUGAAGAAACAACAAGGUUUGCAAACAAUUCGUGACCAACAACAAGUAAAUUUUUUAAGAGAAAAAAAGACGAAAACAACAACAAUCAGAACGAGAAGUUGAUCAAAAAAGACUUUUACUUCCUCAUUAUUACCAACAAAAUUUAAAUGAAAG